AUGGCAGGAAGACAAACAAGGGGGAGUCGAAGAACUGAGAUGAAACAAAUCGCAAAUGAGACUAGCAGGUUUAUCACAUUUUCAAAACGUAAAGCUAGCAUCUACAAACUGUCGAGCGAGCUUGUGACCCUCUGCGGGGCGGAGGUGGGAUUUGUAGCGGUCUCUCCGGCUGGUAAGCCCUUCUCUUUUGCUCAUCUGUCCAUUGACACAGUCGCCAAUCGGUUCCUCAACCGAAACCCUCCGCCCAACGAUAGGUCUCGUGCUUUGAUCGAGUCCUAUCAUCAGGUCCAAUCUACCAAUGAGCUCAACCAGCAGCACGAUGAGCUCUAUAAUCAGAUCAAAGCUCAGAAGACGCAAGGCAAAGUGUUGAAGCAACUGACCGAAGGAAAAGGCGAUGGGGAAUGGUGGGCAGCUCCCAUGGAAGAGCUCAACCAGGAAGAACUCUACCGGAUGAAGGGGCGAAUGGAGGACCUUCGGCGGAGCUUGUUGAGGUCAAUCGAUCAACAGACUCGAGGAGAGGCAUCUGCAUCUUCUCAAGGACGAAUUUUUUUUAUUAUAAUACUGCUUCAAAUGCUGCUGCCCCUCCCACCCCCAUGA